AUGACGCUUUGCUUCCCGGACGAGACCGAUGAGCAUGGGACCUUUGCCGAGGUCAGGGACAUAGUGGACGGAGCCGCCCCACGUGACGAGUACGUUGAUGAGAUGCUCGCGAUGAGCUUGAUCCAGACCGAGGAGAUAGCCCUGCCGGAGCGCGCUUCACUAUUUGAUCUCUUCGGGGUGUCCGUCCUCGAGAUCACCGAGGAGGUCCAGACUGCCCCUACUCAGGAGUCUGCUGACGACCUUAUAGUUCUUGAUGAUUUGUUUGAUAGCCAUGUUGAUUUCGGCACAGCAGAUCAGCCUAGGGAGUUGAGGAUCGGAUCUGAUUUAUCUAUUGAUGAGAGGGACAGCCUCAUCCAGCUGCUUAGAGCAUACUUGGACGUCUUUGCAUGGUCCUAUGAGGACAUACCGGGCCUUGACCCAUCUAUCGUCCAGCAUCGUUUGCCACUUCUGCCCCAUGCCAGACCGGUUAAGCAGAAGUUGAGACGAUUGCACCCUCGUUGGAGCUUGCAGGUGAAAGAGGAGAUCCAGAAGCAGCUCAGCGUAGGAUUCUUAUCAGUGGUCGAGUACCCGGAGUGGCUGGCCAAUGUCGUCCCUGUUCCCAAAAAGGACGGCAAGGUGAGAGUUUGUGUUGAUUUCCGAGAUCUCAACAAGGCCAGCCCUAAGGAUGAUUUUCCUCUUCCACACAUCGACAUGCUAGUUGAUAGUACGGCUAGUCAUUCGAUGUUGUCCUUUAUGGACGGAUUUUCCGGGUACAGUCAGAUCUUGAUGGCUCCAGAGGAUAUGGAGAAGACAUCCUUCAUUACCGAGUGGGGUACUUAUUGCUACCGAGUCAUGCCAUUCGGAUUGAAGAAUGCAGGAGCCACUUAUCAGAGAGCAGCGACCACCCUCUUCCAUGACAUGAUGCAUCGAGAUGUCGAGGUUUAUGUAGACGACAUGAUAGUGAAAUCCCGAGACAGACCAGAUCACUUGGCAGCUCUGGAGAGGUUCUUUGAGAGGAUCCGACAGUUCAAAUUGAGAUUGAAUCUUAAGAAGUGCACUUUCGGAGUGACUUCUGGGAAACUCUUGGGGUAUAUGGUCAGUGAGAGAGGCAUAGAGGUAGACCCGGACAAGAUUAGAGCCAUCCUUGACAUGCCUGCACCGAGGACAGAGAGAGAGGUCAGAGGCUUCUUGGGCAGACUUCAGUACAUCAGUAGAUUCAUUGCCAGAUUGACAGACAUUUGUGAGCCCAUUUUCCGACUCUUGAGGAAGAGUCAACCUACUGUUUGGGAUGAUCAGUGUCAGCGCGCAUUCGAGAGGAUCCGAGAGUACUUGUUGUCACCCCCAGUCUUGGCGCCUCCUACACCAGGCCGUCCUUUACUCCUAUACCUAUCCGUCUCAGACGUGGCUUUGGGAUGCAUGUUGGCUCAACUCGAUGAUUCGGGCAAGGAUCGGGCCAUAUAUUAUUUGAGUAAGAGGAUGCUAGACUAUGAGACGAGAUAUGUCACGAUUGAGCGUUAUUGUUUGGCAUUGGUUUGGGCCACUCGUCGACUGAGACAUUACAUGACCGAGUAUUCGGUACACUUGAUAUCCCGUCUAGAUCCUCUGAGAUAUUUGUUUGACAGGCCCGCCCUGGUCGGUCGCCUCAUGAGAUGGUUGGUACUUCUGACUGAGUUUGACAUCCAUUAUGUCACUCAGAAGUCCAUCAAAGGUAGCAUUGUCGCGGAUCAUCUAGCUUCUUUACCGGUUUCCGAUGGUAGGGCCAUUGAUGACGGCUUCCCAGACGAGGAUGUCGCUGUUGUGACUAGUCUGUCAGGUUGGCGCAUGUACUUUGAUGGUGCAGCCAACCAUUCUGGAUACGGGAUAGGCGUCCUGUUGAUAUCCCCUCAUGGUGAUCACAUUCCCAGAUCUGUUCGUUUGGCAUUCUCGGAUCGACAUCCUGCCACGAACAACAUUGUUGAGUAUGAGGCUUGUAUCUUGGGAUUAGAGACAGCCCUCGAGCUUGGGAUUAGACAGAUGGAGGUGUUUGGUGACUCCAAUCUGGUAUUGAGACAGAUUCAGGGCGAGUGGAUAGAUGAUGGUUUGCCUUGGUACCACGACAUAUAUCACUUUUUGAGACUUGGCGUAUAUCCUAAGGCCGCCACGGCCAAGGAUAGGAGAGCAUUGAGACAGUUGGCCGCCCGAUUCGUGAUUUGUGGCGAGACGCUAUAUAGACGAUCACCUGAUGGGAUGCUGCUAUUAUGUUUGGACCGGGCCUCUGCCGAUAGAGUGAUGCGAGAGGUUCAUGCGGGAGUCUGCGGACCGCAUAUGGGAGGACAUAUGUUGGCCCGUAAGAUCAUGAGGACCGGUUACUUCUGGUUGACCAUGGAGACGGAUUGCUGCCAGUUUGUUCAGAGAUGCCUCGAGUGUCAGAUACAUGGAGACCUCAUUCACGUGCCACCUUCAGAGUUGCACGCACUGACUUCACCUUGGCCGUUUUCAAUAUGGGGUAUCGACAUCAUUGGGAAGAUUUCGCCGAAAUCUUCCAGUGGUCAUGAGUUCAUCCUGGUCGCCAUCGAUUACUUCACCAAGUGGGUGGAGGCUGCUUCGUAUGCGAGAUUGACAUCAUCUGGGGUUGCUAGUUUCAUCAGAUCACAUAUUAUUUGUCGUUAUGGAGUCCCUCAUGAGUUGAUUUCGGAUAGAGGGGUACAUUUCAGGGCAGAGGUUGACACCUUGGUGCAGCGAUAUAGCAUCCGACAUCAUAGGUCGUCUGCGUACAGGCCGCAGACGAACGGGGCAGUAGAGGCCGCGAAUAAGAAUAUCAAGAGGAUAUUACGGAGGAUGAUUGAGACUUCUCGGGAUUGGUCAGAGAAGCUCCCAUUUGCAUUGUGGGCUUAUCGGACCUCUUUUCGCACAUCUACAGGCGCCACACCCUACUCAUUAGUAUAUGGUAUGGAGGCAGUGCUACCCGUGGAGAUCGAGAUGGGUUCAUUGAGAGUAGCACUAGAGCAGCAGAUUCCCGAGACAGAUUGGGCUCAGGCUCGAUUUGAUCAGCUCAAUCUCCUAGAUGAGAGGAGAUUGAGAGCAGCAGACCAUGUUCGUGCAUAUCAGAGGAAGAUGGCCCGCGCUUUCAAAAAGCGGGUCAAGCCCAGACCGCUACAUGUAGGUGACUUAGUCUUGAAAGUCAUCAGGGGAUUGAUCAGAGAUCCUAGAGGGAAGUUCAGACCCAACUGGAGCGGACCUUAUUUCAUC